CCUCGACCCCCCUCCCCUCGGAUGCCCUUGCGCUCCACACUCCGCUCUCGGUCCCUCCCAACCCUCCCGUCGCAGCGCAGCCGCGGCGGCCGGCCAUGGCAGAAUUCUUCAGGUCAUUGAUCGUUACUGCCAAGACAAUUGCUACCAUGAUAAUUCAUCCCUCGCUUUGCAAGAUUGAGGAAUUGCUUGCAUGGAUGGAGUGCCCAAAUUGCAAAUACCGCAUUGAUAAUACUGAUGUUUUAUCACAGUGGCCAGGCCUCCCUGCUGGUGUUAAAUUCGAUCCAACUGAUCUCGAACUGCUUGAACAUUUAGAAGGAAAGGUUGGCAGGGUAGCGUCCCAUGUACUAAUAGAUGAUUUUAUUCCAACCAUAAAGGAGGCCCAAGGAAUCUGCUAUACACAUCCGGAAAAUCUCCCUGGUAUCAAGAUGGACGGGAGCACCGGUCACUUCUUCCACAAAGUAUCCAAUGCAUACGUUGUUGGCAAGCGUAAGCGUCGCAAGAUUAGCAACAGUGACCACACUGUUUGUGAUGAGAAUCUCAGAUGGCACAAGACUGGAAAAUCCAGAUCUAUCUUAGAUAAUAACGGUGUCAUAAAAGGGUGGAAGAAAAUAUUGGUUCUUUACAUAGGUUAUCGGAAAGGAGGUGGCAAGACAGAGAAAACUAAUUGGAGAAUGCAUCAGUACCACCUUGGGGUAGAUCAAGAUGAAAAGCAGGAGGAGCUUGUUGUUUCCAAAGUCUUUUAUCAGGUGCAGUCAAUGAAUGCUGGGCAGUCUCUAGUGUGCGGUGUUAAUGAAGAAUUCGAUUCAUUUGCUGGGGAAGACGAUCCUACAACCCCAAUGACAUACCCUCUGCAGACUCGUUACCCAAACGGCAGCCCAUCCGGAACCGAGCAGAAUCAGGAGGAGGGAGAGUCCCGCGUGUCUACAGUUCGGGAAGCGGGGGAAUGGCUCGCUGGAAGCUCGUCGCAUGCCAUGGAUGACGCAGCGGUGUCUGGCCUGGAUGAACACCUGUCACACGGCAGAAUCCCGGAGGAGGCGCUCCUGGGGUUCCCUGACCUCGGAAUGCCUCCGGAUGUCUCCCUUCUCACCGACAUGCAGUUGGGGUCGCAGGAUAGCAUGGAGAUGUGGCUGGUUAGCGUGUUAACAGAGGAUGAGGGGGUAUUUGAAGCAGCGGAGCAACGAGAAGAGGCUGGUUUUUCUCCGUGAUGUAGUAGUACUCCCUCCGUCCGGAAAUACUUGUCAUCAAAAUAAAUAAAAGGGGAUGUAUCUAGAUACAUCCCUUUUUGUCCGUUUUGAUGACAAGUAUUUUCGGACGGAGGAAGUAUGUUGUAUCUCUGUGCAUGAGUGAUGGAUCUCUGAGAAAAUUUUGUAUAUGAUCCUGGAGCUUGCCAACUGAACGUAGCUCGGCUAUGUUUAAUGUUUGUAGUAAUAGCAGUCAUUUAUUUUCAAAUGUAAAUGUGGGAGGACCGCUCCCAAUUUUAU